GCGGGAGGGACUGGCGGAGGGGACAGCGAGGGAGUGUCGGUGUUUGUGUCCCCCUUCGCAGAUUCUCUAAAAAAGGCAGAAUCUCUUGCUUAAUAUGAAGAAAAGCAGAGGUCGGACAGGUCGAAAGAGAAGAAGAAAACACUUGAAGAGUUUUAAGGAUGGAGUCAACUGCAGUCACAAGCUGGAAUACAUUAAACUGAAGAAGUGGCUGAAAGAGAGAGGAUUUGAAGACAGUAAUUUAAGGCCAGCAGAGUUCUGGGAGACAGGAAGAGGAUUGAUGACAACCAAAGCUCUGCAGACAGGAGAUCUGAUUAUUUCCUUGCCUGAGAAGUGUUUGCUCACCACGGGCACCGUCCUCAGCAGCUGCUUGGGAGGACACAUUGUGAAAUGGAAGCCCCCUGUGUCUCCUUUGCUGGCACUGUGCACGUUUUUGAUAGCAGAGAAACAUGCUGGGGAGAAAUCUGCAUGGAAGCCCUACCUGGAUGUUCUACCCAAAACCUACACUUGCCUUGCUUGUUUGGAACCUGAUGUCAUAAAUCUUCUCCCCAAACCCUUAAAAAAGAAGGCUCAGGAGCAAAAAAUGAUGAUCCAAGAGCUGUUCAGGUCUUCCAAAGCUUUCUUCUCUUCCCUGCAGCCUUUAUUUGCUGAGAACACAGGAACUAUUUUUAAUUACAGUGCUUUGGAGUGGGCUUGGUGCACUAUAAAUACCAGGACAAUCUACAUGAAACAUCCACGCAGGGAAUGCUUUUCCCUGGAGCCAGAUGUUUAUGCAUUGGCACCAUAUUUAGAUUUGCUAAACCACAGCCCAAAUGUUCAGGUCAAGGCUGCAUUUAAUGAACAGACAAGGAGCUAUGAAAUUUGGACAAAUUCACAGUGCAAAAAAUACCAGGAGGUUUUUAUCUGCUAUGGACCUCAUGAUAAUCAGAGGCUGCUGCUGGAAUAUGGAUUUGUUGCCAUGGACAACCCUCACAGCAGUGUUUAUGUCUCAUCAGAACUAAAAAGAAAUCCCUGGGGAAGGUUACAAGUCCAGGUGAGGGCAGGGCACGUUUGGCAUCCAGCUGGGGAGUGCAGCAGUUUGAAUAAUUCUGUGUUCUUCAAACAUUUUGGUUCCAGUGCCUGCUGGAGGAGGAUCCUGCUUGGUGAUAUCAUUUCAGCCAGGAAUGAACAGCAGGCUUUGGGUACAGCAGCAAAAAUUUGUCAGUUUUUAAUAGAGGAGACCCAGCAUGUCCUUCUCCAGAUUUCCCAGCUGAAAAGGGAGAAAGAGAACCUCAAAUCCCACUUGGCUUUGGUGGAAAUGCUGCAUUCAGAAAACCUCAAGAUCCUUGAAAAAUCAGCUGAGAUUCUUUGCAACUUGAAUUUAGGAACAACUUAGGAACUGGAGCUGUGACAGCUGUAAUUGG